CACACCCUCCUGUGGGUGGAGUCCUCUGUGGUUUAAGAUGUGUGCUCAGCUGGAGAGGGAACUCAGAGGGCAAUAAGAUCCACUAAUGUGAUCCACGUCUCAGCAGCUGCUUUUAACAUGACAGAUCUGUGGAGCUUUGAGAAUUGCCCAGACGAGAUUAGAUGAUCAUUUAGAACAAAAAGAAAACGAUUCUGGUUUCGUCCUAAAGACACGCAAAGAACCACAAGAAGACCAAAUGCCAGCUGACCUUUGACCCCUCUUCAUCAUGGAUGUCCACCUGCAGGGCAACUCCCAGCUCCACUACAGGGUCAAUGGCGGGACCAGCCAAAACGCUGGACCUGGAGGAGACAAUACUCUACAUAUUCUGAGUCCAGAGGAACAGGAGUGCCUCCAGUUCUUUGAGGAAACCAUUGAGUCUUUGGAGGAGAGUCUGGAUGAGGAGAAGCAACGUCUUGGGCAGAGGAGGGCCCCCGAACACCACAGGCAGGCUGUUGAACAGGUUGACGGUCUUCCAAGCCUGGCUCCGAACCAUGAUAUAAUCGACUUGGUCCACCCAGAACCAGACUUGGUGCACACUAAAGAGCCAAUCUUCAACCCCACUGAUCCAGAUUUUCGCCACAUGGUACCACCUCCUGAGAGCCACUUUGACAUAAAGCCAAGGCAUGACAGUUUCUCCCCAGACUAUAACCCUCCUUUACGAAGUGCAAGCUUUGGACCAUCAGAUACACAUUCCUCCUACCAUCCUCCAGGCAGUGUUCCUACUCCGGUGCUGAUUGCCCAGAAGAUAGCAGAGAACCAGGGAGACGGAACUUCAAACUUGCAUUCUUCCCCUUUACUCCGCCGCCUUAGCGACAGCAGCGAAAAAUCCCCAGGGGACAGAUCAAAUUAUUCGGUGAAACAUGGCCCACCUACCUCUGCAAAGCCAAGCCACUAUCCCCCAAACAUCAACGUGGUUCUUGGUGGAAAGGAGCAUCAAAAACCAGUGACUAAUGUAAACAUGCAUGAACGACAGGAGCAGAUGUUGGCAAACCUGGCAGGUACUUCCCACCCUCUAGUCCAGAACAAUUCUAAGCAAGGUUUGGAGCUCAACGCCCAAAAUAGUCCAUCAAGAAGUAUUUCCUUUAGAGACCCUGCUCCGGAUCAAUCCAGGAUGGAAGCCCUAUCAAAGUUGGGCCUGACAAGGGUCAGAGCUGCAUCACUCCAAAUGACACCAGACACCUCGUCACAGGUUCCCCUAAGAAGUCCAGACCACAGAGCUGUAUCUCCAGACACUAGUCUAGAACCCAGGGCACCAAUUCCGCCUCAUCCCUUGAGGAGUCACGAUGAAAGAAGCUAUCAGCUGAGCCCUUCGUCCCCAACAAUGUCCCCAAAGCACUGUCCUUCCCCUCCUCCAGCUGAGGUCACCUCACCUGCAUUUAACAGCUUCGGAGGGAAAUCCAUUGUGGUCCAUCCUUCUAUACCCCAUAAGAAUGAACCUCCAAUCUCUCCAACUAGCCCCGAGCCUAAAAACGUUCAACUCACACCAUCCAACACAAUAGAGCACAGUCCAUACGGUGGAAAGUCAAAAGUCAUAACCCCUGGAACAGCACCUGUGGCCAAAGCCAAUCUACCUGACAUCCUCAGCUCUCAUAUUGACUCAAAGGAACCUGUUCCUGCCAAACCAGAACGUCACUCUGCCGAGUUAAACAAGUAUGGAGGAAAGAGCAGAACCUUUGAUCCUGUUUCUGGGUUAUAUCGGACUUCCGAAAGCCAUUCUAAAAGUGUCAAACUUCCACCGCCAAACCCAGCCCCCAAACCGCCUCGGCAUUCCUACUACGGUGCGCUUCCUUCCCAGAAACCACCAGCAAGGGCUUCGUCUCCUGAAUACAGGCGGAGGCCAACCUCCAUGUUCCGUCCCCAAGGUAUCACGGUUCAGUUUUGUGGACGAGGGGCCAUGGAUGAAUCACGCAGGGAGGCGUUAAGGAGACUUGGGCUGCUUAAAGACUCUUAAUCAACCUUUUAGAGAUUGCCAUUUAGUCUCCGCUGGCUGGACUGGAAUAUCAACAUCUCUCUGCUAAUGGAGAUGGUAUGCAAGAAGUUUCACCUCUUGUCUGAAUGUGAGGUGUGCCUGUAGGCAAUCCAGCUUUCACAGAGGAAUGAAGCUGUACUGAACAGACCAGUUUAGGCCCUCACUAUCUAGUUUUAAAAAAUGAGAGUACUUUUUUUUCUUUAAAUACCCAACAUUUGUUUCCCAGAACAAAUCUCGACUGGUUCAAGAUUGUCUGUUAAGUCUCAACAAUGAAACUGUAUAAAAUAGCCCUACAUACAACGGGAAAAUGGCAAUGCUUUAUAGGGGAGUCAUGGAUAUUUUUUAUGUCUCACCUUUUUUGUUGUUCUUUUUUAUAGCUCAAAUGUGGUUAAUUUUAGAUAUAUUUAAAAUGGGAGAAAGGAUUAGUUGUACAUUUUCCAGUCUUCUAUCUAAAGUCUACUUCGUCACUUUUAGGCUGUUUUCUACAAAGGGGUGAAAACUUCUCAGAACUAUACAGAUUUACCUGUUUUCCAAUACCUUUGAUCUACAUUAAGAGUAUUUCUUAAAAUUUUGGAACCUUUUUUUUGUUUGUUUUAGGACUUUUAUUAGAUAUAUGGAAAUUAAGGCAAACGGUGUGUUUAUACACCUCUCAAAUUGGAAUUACAUAACAACAAACCAUUAUGUUUAGAAAACUUGUCAGAAAAAA